GACGUUCACAACGGCCAUAGUCAUGCCACCUCAUCUCAUGACACUGGCAGACCUCUCUACACCUGCAAUCACUCGUGUACUCACUCAUUCACAUACUCUGAAGCAAGUUUCUUUGCCAUGGUUGGCGCCUCAGCAAACGGGCAAAUCCUCGCGCCGGAAGCCACUCAAGAUGCCGUCUCAAUCCUUGUUCAACAAGUCCAUUGCCCUCCUUUUCUCGAAACGGAGCACGCGUACUCGCGUGAGCGCGGAGACGGCCGCUACGCUGCUCGGAGGAAGGGCGCUAUUUUUGGGCAGGGAUGAUAUUCAACUGGGUGUGAACGAGUCUGCCCGCGAUACGGCUCGUGUCAUCGGAGGAAUGUGUCAAGGCAUCUUCGCUCGCGUAGGGGACCAUGCAGAAAUCGAGGAAUUGGCACGAUAUUCCCCGGUGCCCGUGCUCAAUGCUCUGUCCUCUCUCUGGCAUCCGACCCAGAUUCUCGCGGACUUGCUGACGUUGCAUGAACAUGCUCAUCUGUUCACCUCUGAUGCGCCAGCACCGGAAACUGCCGUUGAAGGAAAGGGUGCCUACAAACCGCUCCCUGAAUUGCGACCUCUCACCAUUACAUGGCUGGGCGAUUCAACCAACAUCUUGCAUGAUAUGCUUGUGACUUAUCCGCGAUUCGGCCACAAGAUCCGUGUUGCUACACCCGCUCAGCUCGCCUACCAGUGCCCUACCCCAGUUUGGGAUCGCGUCAAGGAGCUCGGGUGCGACAAGGACAUCUGGUGGGGUAGUGAUCCUCGCGAAGCUGUCCACGGUGCAGAUGUUGUCGUUACUGAUACAUGGAUAUCCAUGGGACAAGAGGCUGAGAAGGCCCAGCGCUUGAAGGACUUCCAAGGGUAUCAGGUUACCGAAGCUCUCUGUAAGGAGGGCGGUGCCAAAUCCGGCUGGAAAUUCCUUCACUGUCUGCCGCGGAAGCCUGACGAAGUCGACGACGAGGUAUUCUACGGCCCGCGGUCGCUUGUUUUCCCUGAGGCGGACAACCGCAAAUGGACCAUCAUGGCCGCCUUCGACUUACUCUUCGGCAAAUGGAACCUUCACGGUACAGAGGCCACCCAGAGCGAAGCUUGAAACGGAUUUGUAUCCUCAUCUACGUGCUCGAACACGAUCCGAGAAUCCACCAAUUCAAAAUUACCUUAGAAAUCUGCUAUCCUACCAAUGUACAUACUUUUCGACACUCUAGUCAUGCUCGGUGUUACAAAUAAAAUGCCUAAUGC